AUGCUGCAAUUGUUGUCUACAAAGAUAGCUUUGGAUUUGUUGGCGUUGUUUGUUGUUCCAUGGCAAAACUGGGAGCCAUGGCCGCAAGCCCACAAGAUCAGUGCUCGGAUGCUGCGAUUCAGGAUUGGUGUUGAUGCUGUGCUACAAGUGAGAGUUGUCGACCAAGUCCUCCUUACGUUCGUAUUUACUAUUGAAAGUUCAAUAUUAGGGCGGAAGUGUCGUUGCAUCAAAACCGGACGUCGCCAUGCCCCGAAUGCAUCAGGGUUGAAGUAG